AUGGGUCGUGCAAAGCCUGUUGCUAAAGACCUCCUAGCCGACAUUCCAUCAUCUAUUGAUGAACAACCAACACAAAUCCAACCUCCAGAAAAACCAAAAAAAAUAAAGAAAGCUCAACCGAAGGCGAAAGUGGCCCAGCCGAGGUCAUCUGCAACGACUUCGGGGUCAAAGAAACCAGCUGUCCCCUGGGCCCCCGAGAUCACCCUAGAGGAUAAGCCUGUAAUGGCAAGUGACAGUGCUGAUGAUAUUAAUGUCAGCGUUGCACUUAGUACCGCCUUACUUCUCCCAGGCGACUUGGAGCGGAACGCCAAGUACAGCGAGUAUGAAAAUUAUGCCCUGAUGUUACAGCACUCUGUUCAGGCCAUCCAGCAUGCCCAUUCAUUCUCAAUACAGUCUUUUGAGAAUCGGCAAAAGCUGGCCAAUAUGAAAAAAGAGUUCUCUUCUAUUCAAAAGGUCAAUAAAGGCCUUGAAUCAAAAAUGAAGAAGCUGGAGGAUCAAGCCGAAGCUGCAAUUAAAGCCCAGAAUAUUGCCGAAGAGAAAGCUGAGGAUGUUGAAGCUAUCAAAAAGAAGGAUGAUGCUAUUCCCUUGCCAUUUCCUCCUGCCCCAACUCCAAGUGAAGAUAUAGGCGAAUCUGAUGCUGAGGAUGAGGCCAAGGAGGAAGAGGACAAUG